AUUUGUUUGUAGGCAAAAGUUUCUCUCUCCAUCAAGCAUCAGCUCGAUCUCCUCCCUUCCGCCUCUCUUUCUCCUUAAUAUUUACUUCUGAAAGUUUAAUUAGGAUAGGACCCUUAUUGUUUACAACUGUAAAGCAAGAAAGUUAGCUACCCUAAAGAUUGUUUGAUCUCCUUCUUGAUCACAACAACGUAAUUAAGAGCAUAGUAGGAAAUUAACAUUAACUGAUCAUCAAUGGAGGAGAUGUACGAAUUUGGUUAUAGCAGUAGUGAUGUUUACUCCGUCGACGACCAUCUGCAGCCGCCAUAUUUUGGAUCCCCGCCGGCAUUUUGCGAUGGGCUGGCCCCAAUGGGAUUUGGAUCCGGAAAUAUGUCGUGGGCGUGUCCAGAAACUUCAGCUGCUAAUUUAGUAGUUGAUAAAAUUGGGACGUCUUCUUCUAAUUUACAAUUAGAAGAUCAUCAUGAGACGGAUAUUAGAGCAAAGAUCUCUUCUCAUCCUUUGUAUCCUAAGCUUCUUCGUACUUACAUCGACUGCCACAAGGUAGGAGUGCCAUCUGAUGAGAUUGUUGAUAUGUUGGACAAUAUUAAUAUUGUCCACGAAAAUGAUCUUUCUAGGAGAUCAAAUCGACUGAGCGACGAUUCUGAGCUGGAUGCUUUCAUGGGAACUUACUGUGAUGUGUUAGCAAAGUUCAAGUCGGAUCUUGAAAGGCCUUUCAAUGAAGCAACUACUUUUCUUAAUGAUAUUGAAACUCAACUUACCAAUCUCUGCGCUGCUCCGGCCACUACAAUUAGCAAUAUCUCAGGUCAGUUUCUCUUUAAUUAUAUUAUAUAUAAACGCCUACGUCUAGCAGCAGUUAAUUUGUUAGCUUUAGUUCAUCGGCAUGUUAGCACAUGGAUUUACUACAUGAAAUGAAUGCCUUUUAAUUUCCUUAAUACUCCUGUAUGUGAGACACUCUUUCUAUUUUGCUCUAGUAUCAGUUACUAAGAUUUCAGUCAUAUACACUGACCCUUAUUAAUCGUCCUGCAAAUUAGUUAACCUAAUUAAUUUUUGAGUUUCUAUCAUCAGUCAUUGCACAUUUUUUGGGUGAAUUGUGCUCAUCCUCCCGACUUGAGGGGUUUAGAGACCAAUUAAUUUAGCAAAGAAAUGCUACCUAAAUAUAGGUCUCAAUCUCUAAAUCUUACUACCCCGCAUUUAGCAAGACUUCGACAUUAAGCUAAAACAGCAAAGGACUAGGUAAACGCUACAUUGAUGAUGAGGGCUCUUUAAAUUGAUGUCAUUUUAAUUUCUUAAUAGAAAUUGCUCUGGUUAAGGUGUGGCAUCAAAGGUCGAUUGUUCAAUUGAUGUGUUUUACUUUCUUUUUUAGUUUGUCUAGGAAAUAUAUUUUUUCUGUAUUUACUCCCUCCGUUUCA